UCCUCCUGCAGCCAACGUGCGGCCAGGCGCUGCGGCAGCAUUGGUGCCUGCUCAUCCGCACGGCGAGGGGGGGGCCAGGCGGGGCUAUAAAUGCGGUGCCUUCCCGCUGCCUCGCUCCCACCCUGCCCCUCCUCGGCUGCUGCUUUGCGUUCGAGCUCUUGGCUUGUUGGUGUCCCCCAUGGCGUGUCCCUUGGAGCAGGCGCUGGCCGUGAUGGUCACCACCUUCCACAAGUACUCGGGGAAGGAGGGUGACAAGUACAAGCUGAGCAAGGCUGAGCUGAAGGAGCUGCUCACCAAGGAGCUGCCCAGCUUCAUCAGCAAACAAACGGACGAGGCCGGCUUCCAGAAGCUGAUGAGCAACCUGGACAGCAACAGGGACAACGAGGUGGACUUCCACGAGUACGCCACCUUCCUGGCCUGCGUGGCCAUGAUGUGCAACGAGUUCUUCCAGGGCUACCCCGACAAGGUGCCGCGCAAGAAGUGAGCGCGGGGACCCCGGCUGGGGCUGCACCGUGCCCCCCUGCACCCCCUGACCCCCCCAGCACCCUCCCGCCGCGGUUCCAAUGUUCUUUCAAUAAAGAUUGCUUUAAACCAA